GUCCAGGGACAUAGUAUAUCAGCACAAUAAGGAUACGACGAUAGCCAUAUCUAAGUACAGGAAAAAAUGACCACACGUAUUGGAUUAUUACUACCCAUAUUUUGUGCAUUGUAUAUAACGUUUACUAAUGCCGAACCUAAAAUUGAGUGUACCAAUGAUAGAUAUGGACAAGUGACCGCUGACAAAGAUAGUAAUUGUCAUUACUUUUUCUGUACGGCUCGUCGUAAUUGGUCACACAGGAGAUGUGAAAGCGGGGGGUCUGUUCCCAAGCGCUACAUGAGGAAAUUCAAGAGCCAAUCUACGAGGGUCAACUUAUGCAGGACUUAUGAUAAAAAUUGCAAAGAAUCUGCUGCUGAGUUGAAAAAGGUGACAACAGAACCAACAUAUACCCCUAGCUCUAUAGAAUGUAAAGAAGUCCAGCAACGAGGUUGUAGAUCAGAGGGGGAAUGCUGCGAUGGUUUACAGGGUACCAGUUUACUAUGCAAAGAAAGUAUAUGCUGUGUGCCUGAGCGUGGGCCAUGUGUUGAAGAUGAGGAUUGUUGUAGAGGUGGAAAUCUUAAGUGUACUGAAGGUCGUUGUAUUGCUCUUGAUUGUGAGUACCCCGUUGCUCCGGAGAAUGGUAGAAUCGACUCCGGAAGUGCUCCGAAUCAACAAGGACGAUUCAAACCUGGCGAGACUGUAUCAUUCAGCUGUAACGACUGCUACACACUAUCGAAAAAUGCUGCUGGUAUAACUGAUAAAACUGUAGAGUGUCUGCCCAAUGGUGAAGUUGAUGAUCCAGUCCCAACAUGCGAAAGACUACAAUGUACUGAUGUAGUAGCACCAGAAAAUGGAGGAAGAUCACCACGAAGGGGCAAUAACAAUUGCGGUGAUCAAGUGACUGUUGAAUGUGAUGACGGAUUUAAGCCAACUGAAGCACUUGUUUUAACAUGUGAACAAAUAGGAACCUCGGUUAGAUGGGACAAAGAUCCACAAACAUGUGAACCAGAAGAAACUCCAUGCCAAGAAGUCAAUCAACAAUGUGGAGAUGAUCUUGGUUGCUGCAAAAGGGUUAAUGAAGUAAUGGCAUGUGGAUUUUCAAAAACAUGUUGUAGAGAACGAAGUCAGAAAUGUUCGUCAGAUGGCGAUUGUUGUAGAGGCUUGAGCUGUAGUGACGAAACAGGAACUUGUGAACCACCAAUUACUAUUGAUUGCUCGGAUGCCAUUGAUAUUGUAUUUGCCGUGGAUACAUCCUGCUCUAUUUCCGAUGCUGAUAAAGAUAGGAUUCGAACUUUUAUGACAGAAAUUGCUCGAGCCUUCUUCUUAAGUCCCAGUAUUGAGAAUGAUGGCGUACAAAUGGCUGCACUAACUUUUAAUAAAGGAACCCAACAUGUUGCAUUUCUGUCAGACGUGCGCAACCCUGACAAACUUAUUCAGAGUAUAGAGACAAUGAAUCUUACUGAAGUAGACUGUACAACGCAUACAUUUGCAGCUUUGGAAAGAAUGACGAAUUUGUAUUUUACUCCAGAGAGAGGGGAUCGUCCUGACGCUCCCAAUAUAGUUAUUCUGUUGUCAGAUGGAGUUACUAAACCUUCUGGCAGAACAAAAGACACAUUUAAGAACGCGGAUGCCCUAAGAGCCACUGGCGCGGAACUCCUGGUGGUUGGUCUGCCUCAGGGCUGUAAG